UAGAUGGACGUGACUGAGAUCAGGGAGACACCGAGGGGCAUCUGGAAGAGAGAGAGGGAGGGGAUAUGCAGAGUGAGUUGUGAGGAAGAGUAAAGAUACUCAGCGCUUGCAUCAUCAGCGGAGUGAAUUCGAAUUAGCAUAUCCUACAGGACAAAGCAGCUGGACCCCGCAUACACCGAUAAUAAAUCCGGUUCAUUCGCAGCCGCACAGGGUGUGAACCGCCGCACUGUUUACCGGCACCGGCCACAUCACUGAACAAGAGGUGAAGGAUCCUCUUUUAUCGCCAGGAUGAGGUUUGCUCGAUUCCUGCUGAAAAAUGCCGCCUUGGCCAACGCUCCCAAGCAGAUAGAGAAGUUCAGCCGCUUCUCUCCUUCACCCCUUUCCAUGAAGCAGUUCAUUGACUUUGGUUCCGCCAACGGCUGUGAGAAAACGUCGUUCGUGUUUCUGCGGCAAGAGCUACCUGUGCGACUGGCGAAUAUCAUGCGCGAGAUCUACAUCUUGCCGGAUCCCCUGUUGGGCACCCCUUCGGUGCAGCUUGUCCAGAGCUGGUAUAUACAGAGUUUGAUGGAGCUGACGGAAUUUGUUGAGAAGAAUCCAGAAGACCAGCGAGUGUUGUCAGACUUUACAGAAGUACUCGUGAACAUCCGAAACCGACACAACAAUGUGGUCCCCACAAUGGCCCAAGGUGUGAUUGAAUAUAAGGAAGCUUUUGGAGUUGAUCCCGUCACCAAUCAGAACGUUCAGUACUUCUUAGACCGCUUUUACAUGAGCCGAAUAUCCAUCAGGAUGCUUAUUAACCAACACACCCUUCUGUUUGAUGGCGGAACUAAUCCAGCACACCCGAAACACAUUGGCAGCAUUGACCCAAACUGUGACGUAGUUGAAGUUGUACAGGACGCGUUUGAAAAUUCAAAGAUGCUUUGUGAUCAAUAUUAUUUAGCUGCCCCUGAGCUGGAAAUAAUGCAGACCAACGGAAAGGCCCCCGGACAGCCUAUUAAUAUCGUCUAUGUCCCUUCUCAUUUGUAUCACAUGCUGUUUGAACUUUUUAAGAAUGCCAUGCGGGCGACCGUGGAGUAUCAUGAGGACAGCCCUUCUCUCCCGCCGGUUAAAGUGAACGUCGUCCUAGGAAAAGAAGACCUGACUAUUAAGAUAUCUGAUAAUGGAGGAGGAGUACCAAUGAGGAAAAUAGAGCGACUUUUCAGCUACAUGUAUUCCACCGCUCCCAGACCAAUGAUGGACAACUCACGUAAUGCACCUUUGGCUGGUUUUGGGUAUGGCUUGCCAAUCUCCCGCCUAUAUGCCAAAUACUUCCAAGGGGACUUAAUGCUGCAUUCUAUGGAAGGCUACGGAACAGAUGCUGUUAUUUAUUUAAAGGCACUAUCAUCUGAAUCCAUAGAAAGGUUACCGGUCUUCAACAAGUCUGCGUGGAAACAUUAUAAAUUCUGUACAGAAGCAGAUGAUUGGUGUAUUCCAAGCAGUGAACCAAAGAACCUGGCAAGGUAGAACAUGUGCUGAAGACAUUCCCAGGAAAAUGGAAGGGGGAUCAAGCACUUAAUUGCCCAGGACCACUCCUUGCGUGUGUUAUAUUGCCAGGAACCGGCAGAAUGUACUGUGCUCGAGCUGGCCAGAGAUGCAAUAGGGAGAGCAAGUCAAUUGUCACCACCAGAAGAUGCAAAAUCUUUAGCUAGUAGGAAUAUACUUUUGCAAAUCUUCACCUUUAACUGUACACGGUGCUUCAUUGCUACAGGAAUUACUCCAAAUGAUGCGUUUUUACCAUCCAUUCAUGAUCGCAAGAAGAAUAUGUUUCCAGAGUGUUGGAGGGUCAGAAUUCAUAGCUGGUGUGAUCUUAAACUGGUAUUGAUGAUGUAUGUUAAGCUAUUUCCCUGUUACUCUUAUAUGAGGGGGGUUAACCCUGCGUCUGUGAAUCGGGAAAAACGUCCUACUUGACAGUUACGUUAUAGUCCUUCGAGACCUAACACGUACUGUGGGGAGGACAAAAAAAGUUUGCGAACAGCAGAUCUUAACCAAUAUUAUAUCAAUGUACUGUGUCCCUCUUAAGGGGAUAAUAAUAAGUGCAAUCCUAAUUUCUCUGCGGAAUCUAACCUUACCACUAACUAUUGUGUUGGAUUUCAAAAUAACAACCAUGUUUCAUGUUAGACCCUGCUUUACAAAAAAAAAAAAAUUAUAUAUAUACCCCCAAAACUUUCAUUGAAAUAUCAUCAAGGCCCCUUUUACGUGUAUGAUGUAGUAAGAUCUGCAAAGUGGGCAUUCUGCCAGUGUUAGAAGUACUUCUUUAUACCCCAGAUAUAAGGAUAUACUCUUCUUCUAAGAAACCUUUUUUAAAGAAAACAAAACAUUUUAUUCCAUAGAAUUUCGAAAGUCAUUUCAUUAAUAGAAGGCCUUUCCAAAUGUUACACGUUUUAUUAUGGAUUCUUCUUUUAUUUCAAUACAAUUUUUUAAUUAUUUUAAGACAAUGCAUUGUCUAAAUCUUAAUUUAUUAGAAACCCAAGUCCAUCUUUUUUUCUAUAUGCCUCCAUCUUGCAUAACAUCAUUUUCACAUUGUGUUGAAAGUUAUGUUUUAUGUUUGCAUUCAUGCAAGUGUUGUGUGAUUAGAAAUUAAAGAAUACUGAAUGUGCA